CCAGGCAGGAGCGCGGCGAGUAGCGGGGCUCGAGCUGGCAGUUGGGAGUAGCGCUGCGGCCGCAGAGAUCCAGAGACCUGGGCUAGGUUGGUGGAGGCGGAGGGCGAACUAGCCCCACUGGCCGCGGAAGGGUGGGUGGGUACAGCCCUCCAUGCGGGCUCGGGGGUCGAUCCCCCCCAGUAGAUCCUUUGCAAAGCAAGCGGGGGAGAAGGAGGCGGUUGCAUUGCAAGCCUAGAAGGUGAGAGCCAGGCAGAGCUGCAAGCAUGGGGAACCGCGGGAUGGAAGACCUCAUCCCCCUGGUGAACAAGCUCCAGGAUGCCUUUGCAGCCAUCGGCCAGAAUGCUAACUUGGACCUGCCCCAGAUUGCUGUGGUCGGGGGGCAGAGCGCCGGCAAGAGCUCCGUGCUGGAGAAUUUUGUGGGAAGGGAUUUCCUGCCUCGUGGAUCUGGCAUUGUCACGAGACGCCCACUGGUCCUGCAGCUGGUAAACUCCAACACAGAAUACGGCGAAUUUCUACACUGCAAAGGAAAAAAAUUCACUGACUUCGAAGAGAUACGCAUGGAAAUCGAGGCAGAGACAGACAGGGUUACUGGCUCCAACAAGGGGAUUUCUCCUGUACCCAUCAACCUCCGAGUCUAUUCUCCCCAUGUCCUGAAUCUGACACUGGUGGACCUGCCAGGGAUGACAAAAGUCCCAGUGGGGGACCAGCCACCUGACAUUGAGUUCCAGAUCCGGGAUAUGUUAAUGCAGUUCGUUACCAAAGAGAACUGCCUGAUCCUGGCUGUAUCCCCAGCCAACUCUGAUUUGGCCAACUCUGAUGCUCUGAAGAUUGCAAAGGAAGUGGACCCCCAAGGCCAGCGCACCAUUGGAGUCAUCACCAAACUGGACCUUAUGGAUGAAGGAACUGAUGCACGAGAUGUUCUAGAGAACAAGCUACUUCCCCUUCGAAGAGGUUAUAUUGGUGUGGUCAACAGAAGCCAGAAAGAUAUUGAUGGCAAGAAGGACAUUCAGGCUGCACUAGCUGCAGAGAGGAAGUUCUUCCUUUCACACCCUUCCUACAGGCACAUGGCUGAUCGCAUGGGCACUCCCUAUCUGCAGAAAAUAUUGAACCAGCAACUGACCAAUCACAUCCGGGACACCCUCCCAGGGUUGCGGAACAAACUCCAGAGCCAGCUUCUGUCCAUUGAGAAAGAAGUGGAUGAGUACAAGAACUUCCGUCCUGAUGACCCUGCUCGAAAGACCAAAGCUCUGCUUCAGAUGGUUCAGCAAUUUGCCGUGGACUUUGAGAAACGCAUUGAAGGAUCCGGAGACCAGAUUGAUACCUAUGAGCUGUCUGGAGGAGCUAGGAUCAACCGCAUCUUCCAUGAGCGGUUCCCGUUUGAACUGGUGAAGAUGGAGUUUGAUGAGAAGGAGCUGCGAAGGGAGAUCAGCUAUGCUAUCAAGAACAUUCAUGGUAUCAGAACCGGUCUCUUCACACCUGACAUGGCCUUUGAGACCAUUGUGAAAAAGCAGGUGAAGAAGAUUAAAGAGCCUUGCCUGAAAUGCGUGGACAUGGUCAUUUCGGAGUUAAUCAAUACCGUUAGACAGUGCACCAAGAAGCUCAGUCAGUACCCUCACCUGCGGGAGGAGAUGGAACGGAUUGUUACUACCCACAUUCGAGAACGAGAAGGCAAGACAAAGAAUCAGGUCAUGCUCCUGAUAGACAUUGAGUUGGCAUACAUGAACACAAACCAUGAGGAUUUCAUUGGCUUUGCCAAUGCUCAGCAGAGGAGUAGCCAGAUGAGCAAGAAGAAGGCAGCUGGCAACCAGGAUGAGAUCCUGGUGAUCCGGAAGGGCUGGCUCACCAUCAACAACAUUGGGAUCAUGAAGGGUGGCUCCAAGGAGUACUGGUUUGUCCUGACUGCUGAGAACCUCUCAUGGUACAAGGACGAUGAGGAGAAGGAGAAGAAAUACAUGCUGCCAGUGGAUAACCUGAAGCUGCGGGACGUUGAGAAAGGUUUCAUGUCCAGCAAACAUAUCUUUGCUCUCUUCAACACUGAGCAGAGGAACGUUUACAAAGACUAUCGGCAGCUGGAGCUGGCCUGCGAGACCCAGGAGGAGGUUGACAGCUGGAAAGCUUCCUUCUUGCGUGCAGGAGUUUACCCAGAACGUGUUGGGGACAAAGACAAAGCAAGUGAAACGGAGGAAAAUGGUUCAGACAGCUUCAUGCACUCCAUGGAUCCUCAACUGGAGAGACAAGUGGAAACCAUCAGAAACUUGGUGGACUCUUACAUGGGAAUUGUCAACAAAACCAUCCGAGACCUCAUGCCUAAGACCAUUAUGCAUCUCAUGAUAAACAACACCAAGGAUUUUAUCCACUCAGAGUUACUGGCAAACCUGUAUUCUUGUGGAGAUCAAAACACCCUCAUGGAAGAGUCAGCAGAGCAGGCCCAGCGGCGUGAUGAGAUGCUGCGCAUGUACCAUGCCCUGAAGGAGGCACUCAACAUCAUAGGGGACAUUAACACCACCACCAUCAGCACCCCGAUGCCUCCGCCGGUGGACGACUCCUGGCUGCAGGUGCAGAACAUACCAUCUGGACGCAGGUCUCCUACGUCCAGCCCUACACCACAGAGGAGAGCUCCCGCUGUUCCACCAGCCAGACCUUUGUCUCGAGGUCCGGCUCCUGGACCUCCUCCUGCUGGUGGAUCCACACUGGGUGGUGCUCCCCCUGUGCCCUCCAGGCCAGGUGCCUCCCCUGAUCCUUUUGGGCCCCCACCUCAGGUUCCAUCUAGGCCCAACCGUGCUCCUCCUGGUGUCCCCAGCCGGCCGGGCAAGGCCAGUCCCUCCCGCCCAGAGAGUCCAAAACCACCAUUUGACUUGUAGCCCUGCUCCCUCUGGGACUCUCUGCCUGCCUGCCUCUUAGCUGUUCUGUCCUGGAAUGGUCUGACUUGCAUCUCACACAUGGCUUGUUCUGUUGUAUUUUGUGACAUACACAUCAGCUGUGACUCUAGUGAAACCUGUUUUUUUUCCUUCCAGUUGCUUAAAGGAAUAAAAACAAGUAUAUUGUAGUAAUGAGAAACAUAUCCUUCCUGUUAUAUAAAUAUCUAUAAAUAUAUAUAUAUAUAUAUAAGAUCAAAAUCUAUAUAUGUCCAGGUGUUUUAAGCCAUUUGUGCUUCCAUGUGGAAUUUAGGAAAUAAACUUAAGUAGGUUCAAAUAUCUCUCUCUCUCUAUAAAUAUAUAUAUAUAUACACACACACACCCAGCAAAUUAACUGAAUCCUGAUAUUGAGUUUUUGAGCUGAUUUGUUAAAUUCUCUGCUGUGUACAGUUGGGUUAUUGUAUUGCCCCAGACUUGUGGGUGAGCUGUCUCAGUGCUGGUAGUAACUGUGAUGCACUUUGUGAUCUACCUGUCACUCUUCUUUAUUGGCUGAAAUAAACUCUUAUUUGUGUAUAAUGAAGGAUUCCACAACUAGAAUAAAAACAGUCUCUCUCUC